AUGUAUCCUUAUCAAACGUCACAACUAGCCCAAACACCAGAAUCAGUUACAGGUAUUUUUGAUGGUCUGGGAAUCAUUAAUCGUUAUGGAUCUCAACCACACAUGGUUUCGCUUAACCCUACAACUGAAGAUAAGAAGAGCUGCUGUGGAACAACAGGCAUCCCAGGUGUCCCCGGUGUCCCCGGUGUACCUGGUGCUCCAGGAAGAGACGGGGUAAAAGGAGAUGCUGGAUCACCAGGAGAGAAGGGAAAUCCUGGAAAAAGUAAUUUAAAAUUUACUAAAGGUGAGAAGGGAGAUCCAAGAAGUUCCGGGUUACAAGGUAUGAAAGGUGAAAAAGGAGAAUCUAACGCUCAUGCAAACGAUGAAACAUUUUUGUCUACAUGGAAGCAAUGUGCUUGGCGGAGACACGACGGUAAAUUUCAUGGAUUGAUACAGAACUGUGUAUUCACGAAAAAGUUUGACAACACUUCCCUUCAAGUGUUUUAUGGAGGAGGCUUGCAAAUUUAUGGUUGCAACAAUUGUUGCAAACGUUGGUAUUUUACUUUUAAUGGAGUUGAAUGUAAAAACCCUCUUCCUAUUGAUGGAAUUCUUUACAUGAACAAUGGAAAGUCACAAAAUAUCCUUCGACAUCGUCACAUUGAAGGAUAUUGUAACAAAAUCCAAAAAGGAAAAGUGCAAGUUGGAUUCUGGAUCGGCAAUUGUGCUAGUUAUGGUAACGCAGAUGCAUCCAGUGGAUGGGAAUCAGUUUCUCGUAUUGUUAUUAAAGAGGUUCCUCCACCACAAGAAUAA